GCCUCUAAAAUUUGGUUCCCGGGGGUUUCCACUUUCCAAAUUUUCUUUCUGUAAAUACUUCGCUCUAUUCCUUUCUUUUUUCAAUCCAAAAAAAUUUUCCGAAUCUCUCGCGAUUGAUUCGAACCAGAAAAAUCCGAGAUUCUUCGAUCUUGAAAUCUCCACGCGAAAUUGCCGAUCAUCGUUUUGCCGGCCAUGGUUCGGACUGUGAGGCGCGAAGCGAGUAGUGCUAGUUGCAGCAGAAGAGUCGAAGAACCGAAGGAUUUUAAUGGCGAGAAGGAUCGCCGAGUCCUCCGCUCUCGCUACCUUGCCGUCAAGUCCAAAAUCAGCGAAAAGAGAGAGGAGUUAUCAAGUGUAGAUUCGGAUAACUUCAGUUCAAUUAUCAAUGAAGUGGAGACCUUGCAUCAGCUGGUGCAGAAGCCAAGAGAACAAGUUGCUGAUGCCGAGGCUUUACUGGACAUUACAAACACAUUAAUAAACUCUGUCAAGGCACAUAGUGCCUCUGGUAUAACGCCUUCGAAUUUCGUCAGUUGUCUUCUUAGAGAAUUUGGGCAACAAAGCAGAAGCAUUGAAGGCCCAAGGAGCGCUAAAUUUUGGGAGGAUGUUGGACUUGCAGUGUCACAUGUUUUCAGGAGUGCUCCUGGAUGCUGCACCAUGCUUGGGCCUAUGGACACAGAAGCCAAGGUUCGGAAUCCUGUUGUUCACCGAAGACAUGUGAGGCCUAUAGAAAGUUCUCGGCCUGAAGAGUUAGACAAUUCUGCUGUGGAAGAGAGGACAGACACUGAUAAAAAUAUGGCGACCAUGUUCAACAUUUUGAGGAAGAACAAAACCGUUAAACUUGAAAAUCUAGUGUUGAACAGGAGCUCUUUUGCAGAGACGGUGGAAAAUUUAUUUGCGCUGUCAUUUCUAGCUAAAGAUGGGCGAGCUGAAAUUAAAGUGGAUGAGAAAGGCUGUCAUCAAGUCUCGCCAAGAAAUGCACCUUCUGUCAAUUCAGUUGCCUCCGGGGAGGUUGCUUAUAGCCAUUUCGUCUUCAGAUUUGAUUUCAAGGAUUGGAAGUUGAUGUCAAAUUAUGUUGCGGUUGGUGAGGAAUUGAUGCCACAUAGGUGUCAAGCAAAUAUGCCUAGCAGAAGUCAAGCAGACGAACCUUCCGGCGAACGUCAACCAACUGGUCCGACAACACCAAUUAGGAAAUUGAGCAGGAACCGCGGCCUGGUUAUACAGGAGCAAACAGUUGGGGAGCAAUUCCCUGACAGUGAACCGGCAAUUGUGGAAGACUCACCUCUGUGUGACGAUGACGUACAAAGCUCCAGUACUCUCCGGAAAAGGAAGCGCAAGUUGAGGUGAAGCUGACGAUGAUAUAGGGUAUUUCCAGCAGAACCAGUCUUGCUAUACAUUUUAGGACUUGCAUUACAAUUAUGUAACUUUUUCCUGUAUAGUAGUAGAAUUCAUCUAAAAAACUCCUUUGUUCUCUUUUUGGAUCAUAGGUUCACAAAGCUUUGUGUUUCCCUUUUGUGCUAUUUUAUUAUCAACUGUUUGAUGUAAUGAGCU